AAUAACCACAUUUCAACAUCCAAGUACAACAUCAUCACAUUCCUGCCCAAGAACCUUUUUGAGCAGUUCCAGAGAUUGGCCAAUACCUACUUCUUGGGUCUGCUUGUCUUGCAGAUGCUGCCAGUAGUGUCUUCUCUGACGCCAUUCACCACAUUUAUUCCUCUUCUUGCUGUGCUGCUGCUAUCUGUAUUCAAAGAUGCGUGCGAUGACUACCAACGCCAUAGAAGUGAUGACCAAGUUAACAACCGCCUGUCCUAUGUUUUACGCAAUGGUCAGAUUGUGGAGGAGAAGUGGCAUAAGGUUGCAGUUGGUGACAUCAUACUACUUAAGAACAAUGACUAUAUUGCA